GCGCCAUGAGACAGCCGAGCUCCCCGUCCUCCAGCCCCGCCAGCCCCGCCAGCCCCGCGCUGUCCCUCCGCCUGCAGCCCUGACCUCGCCCCUCACGACGCCACCAUGAAGAGGCAGAACGUGCGGACCCUGGCCCUCAUCAUCUGCACCUUCACCUACCUGAUCGUCGGCGCCGCGAUCUUCGACGCGCUGGAAUCCCAGGAGGAGACGUCCCAGAAAAUGCGGGUGGUCAAUAGUAAACGGGACCUGCUCCGCGCCUUCAACUUAUCCACGGACGACUUUGACGUCCUGGAGCGGGUCGUCCUGCAGCUGAAGCCGCACAAAGCCGGCGUGCAGUGGAAAUUCGCGGGCUCCUUUUAUUUCGCCAUCACUGUGAUUACGACCAUAGGAUACGGCCAUGCAGCCCCCAGCACAGAUGGAGGGAAGGUCUUCUGCAUGCUCUACGCCCUCCUGGGCAUCCCUCUCACCCUGGUCAUGUUCCAGAGCGUGGGUGAACGGAUCAACACCUUCGUCAGGUGCUUGCUUCACCGCCUGAAGAAGUGCCUUGGAAUGAGGCACACUGAAGUUUCCCUGGUUAACAUGGUGAUCGUCGGUUUCAUCUCCUGCAUGAGCACAUUAUGUGUGGGGGCUCUGGCCUUCUCCUACUUUGAGGGGUGGAGCUUCUUACAUGCGUACUACUACUGCUUCAUAACGCUCACCACUAUCGGCUUUGGAGACUAUGUGGCGCUGCAGAAUGAGGGGGCUCUGCAGAACCAGCCGGACUAUGUGGCCUUCAGCUUCAUCUACAUCCUGACAGGUCUGGCUGUGAUCGGAGCCUUCCUCAACUUAGCAGUGCUGCGCUUCAUGACAAUGAACGCCGAGGACGAGAAGAGGGAUGCCGAGCAGAGGGCUCUUCUCGCCCACAACGGUCAACUGGGAGGACACAUCAACUGCUCCAUUGACCCGGCCUCCCCUUCCUCUACGCCGUCUGGAUGCGGCGGCGGGAGCGCAGUCGGCGGAAGCAGCGGAGGAACAGCAAGCCGCGGCCUGCGCAACGUUUACGCCGAGGUGCUUCACUUCCAGUCCAUGUGCUCCUGUCUCUGGUACAAGAGCAGAGAGAAGCUGCAGUACUCCAUACCUAUGAUCAUCCCACGUGACUUCUCCACCUCAGAAACCUACAUGGAGCAGGGAGAGGCUUUUUCCAAUACACUCCACUCCAAUGGCUGCGUGUGCAGCCUGAAUCGCCACUCAGGCAUCAGCUCCGUGUCCACUGGCUUGCACAGCAUCAACACCUACAGAAGACUCAAUAAACGAAGAAGCUCAAUCUAAACACCGAGAGGGCUUUGUGUUUUAGGAUCCCCUUGAAGUGAGGGAGGGCCGUGUGACUGUAGCACGAGGUUUGCAUCGGACAUCGCAGCUCCGCUCCCAGCGAGAUUCAGCGCUCCAAACGUUUUGGUCUGGUGUCUGGUGUUGUAAACCCCAGACAGAGAUUUAACUUCCAAUAGGAAAGCACAGACCAUUUAGCACUAAUAUUUGUACUGAAGCCUCUGAAAAAUAAUGUUAGCGGUUGUUGAAGGAGCAUUUACUGUACGUUCUCUGAAGCUGUCUCCUGUUAAAAGGCCUCUGAAAAGUCUCUCUGCACCCCUGAACUCUGAAAAUAUUGAACUCAAUAUUUUCUGUUUUCAUGAGGCAGAUUCUCACAUUCUGAUGGCAAAAGGGAGAAACACUGUGAGACACGUUUUUAAGACAGAUAGGGGUGUUUUAACUGUAUAUAGUGCCCUAUUAAGAAAUAUUUUAUUAAAUAAACUUCAAUCUACUUUUAAAAGGCUUUUCAAAACAAAAUCUACAGUUGUCAGUAGCUUACUCACGUCAGUGAAAUUAACAUGUAUAUAUUUGAACACUGCACUUAUAGCUGUUAUCAAUGGAAAGCCUUUUUUUCAGCUUAAUAUCUAUAAAAAUAUGCUGUAUAUAUAAACCUCAGUGUCUUUUCAUGUGGGUCUGUAACUACAAUACAGGUUCAAACCAAUCUUUCUGAUCUUUAACUGGUUCAAUUCCAUCAACAAAAAACAUAAGUAAUGACACAUCAUGCCAAUAAUGAUUGAGCAAGUUUAGCUUUAUUGUUUUGAUUAAGGACACAACACUUUGGACUCUUUAUGUGAGCUUCAGAACUAUACCAGUGUCUUUAACCACUAGACCUCCCCAUCAUCCUCUCCAGACCUCACUGCUAUGGAUUUAGUUUUCAUGGUUUAUUCUCGUGCAUUAAUGUAUUUUAUAUACAUGUUGAUCAGUAUGUUUUCAGAUAGCGCGACUAUAACCUGAGAGUUUAAAUUAGAGCAUGCAAGCUCACUUGUAAAUUGUAGAAAAGCAUCGUAUUCACUGCUGCACCUUAGAGAACUGUUGUACAUGUGUUCAGACACUGGGACUCGGUGCACUGUUUAUUUUUUUAAGGAAUCACAUUCUGUCUGAUUCUGUAAAUGAUAAGCCCUCAUUAUUCGUCUCUCGGUUCCUUAGUAGGAGGUGUGUGAUUCGAUAUUCUGUGUUGUUGAUAAGUGUCAUUAAAUUGUAGCACACCUCACAAAUAAACAGCCUCAGAGUUUGCACCUCUUGCACUUAGGGGGUCUUUGCUCCAGCCCCAUCUAAACACACUUGACCCUGCCAAGUGAGGUCUUUAUGCAGUGUUCAGUUUAGUUUUCUGAAGGAGCAGGCUUUCCUCUAUUUUUGUAGUUUAACCUGGCAAGGAGUCGUUUCUGUAUGUUUUCAAGCUUUUUUUUCUUUUCUUUUUUUUUUUUUUUUAGCUCAACUGGAAUGUUCUUCUUAACUGCAAUACGCCUGUUAAAGCUGUUCAGCAUCUCUCGUUGACUGAUGAGUUAUCAACAUUUCUGUGUGUGAGUCAUACCGUUACAUGUUUUAUUCUCUCUGACC